AUGGGGCAGGCUUCCAGACUCCGAAUUGAUUCUAUGGCAAUUAACAUGCUCUUCUCAUCUUGGGCACGGCGUUCGCGCAGCCCUGCCAAAUCCGCAAUACCCAUUCGAACCCUGCCUGCCCCGUGCCCAUCCUACGACCCGUGCGCCCCCUGUGAUCCCUGUGCACCCUGCGACCCCUGCGCCCCUUGCGACCCCUGUGAUCCCUGCGUUCCGUACAACCCCUGCGUGGACCCCUGCCCGCCGCCAUGCCCGUCUCCUGCGACCCAUGCCCGGACCCCAGUGUGGUGCAAGUUGGACCCUACAAUCCCUUGUGGGCCGGCUGUGAAUUAUAUGUACGGGCAAGCGCCAGCGAAUAAUAAUACUGUUACAUUGCUAUUUAAGGAUAAAAAUCAAUGCAGCUUAACAUCUUUCUACAUCACAAAUCGAAAAUACCAACGCAAUAAUCCUGAAUUUUUCUCUCAAGGUUCCAUAAUCGUGAAACCUGGCCAGCUGAACUUCCCUCCACCGCAGCCGAUACUGGUGAAACCGGGCAGGAUCAACCUCCCCCCUCCUGCAGCAGUCUGGGUGCGUCCAGCAGUGAUCCAGCCCCCCACGCCUCCUCCGAUCAUGGUCCGACCUCCGCCAAUAAAUCCUCCGACGCCUCCACCGUUCUACGUGAGGGUACCGCCUGUGAGGCCACCGAUUCCUCCUCCUAUUGUGGUUAGGCCACCACCCGUGUGUGUGCCAAGACCUCCUCCACUCAGGGUACAACCGCCACCAGUCCUGCCGCCAGUACCAGACGCGAUAGUCAUCCGACCAGCGAAGAUCAUCGUCCCAUCACCACCUACCAUCUGCUUCCGUCCGAACCCGCCCAUAUGCUUCAGG